AUGUCGAACAUCAGUUUCGUCUUCAUGGAGCCCAAGCAUAAGAAAACGACCGGUCCUACUCUAUGCGAAGAAUGGCGGACUCGCAUUGCCCAGCUUCUAUCUCCAGAAGACCAACCACGUUUCGCAGUCGUGCAGAGCACUCUUCAGAACCUUGAGCCCCCGAAUUCUCUCUUCGACUGCAUCGUAUCGCCCGCGAACUCGUACGGCCUCAUGGAUGGCGGCGUCGAUUACUACAUCUCCGAGGCUCUGUCGCCCAAGAAUGACAUUAUGGUGCUCACGCGCACUGCUCAGGCGGCGAUCAAGAAGCGCUACUACGGCCUUGCGCCCCCAGGGUCUUGCACUUUGGUCCCGCUUCCUCCGCUCUUGCGUAAGAACCCGCGCUUCCCUCGCUGCCGCGUCCUCGCCGUCUGUCCCACCAUGCGUCUUCCCGCGGAAGUAGACUGGCACCGGGACCUCGUGUACAAUGUUAUGUGGAGCUUGCUCACGGAGCUGGAGCGCUGGAACGAGCGCGCUGCACCGGAGGACCGCAUCACGAAAGUGGCGAUGACGGGCUUGGCGACGGGUGUGGGCGGUUUGCCAAAGAACGUGUGCGCGUGGCAGAUGAUACUUGCCAUAAAGCACUUCCUUGAUGUCAGGAGCGAGGCGGGAAGGAACAGAUGGGCCCAAGAUGGCUACCCUGGCUGGAAUGAUGUCCUGCCGAGUGCAACGGAAGUUGAGCACAUUCCUAAUGACGAUGCGAAGUGA